CCUAGAUAUAUUUGCUAUCUCCAAGCUCAGGUGGAGUAGUACUGGGAUGGUUUAAGAUUUGUUUUCUCCGCGGAGGAAAUAAUCAGUCGGAACCCAGCCGUGAGACAGGACAGACGUGAGUUCGUGUGCUCUAGACGCUUCUUCCUUUCAAUCCUAGUUUAAGGUUUAAUAGAUGAUUGAGUGAAUCGGAACCAAACCUAUUUGCAGGAUGAUUGGAUACCGUGGGGUUGGAGUAGGAUAUCCACUAGGACUAGUAACCCUGCUCCUGGUUUCUCCAGGUAGUCCUGCAGUAGCGCAGUGUCCCUGGGGUCGUGACCCACAGCUAGUCGAGCUACAGACAUCCUGUCUUUGUGCUAUCAAUCUAUCUCAGGAGCUGACUGUUCAAUGCUCGGCCGUCAACUUCACAGUACUAACUGCAGCGCUGCGUGAGUAUGCUCGUGAGUCCCCCAUAGACAUGGUGUAUGUUAACAACAGCGCCGUCAGCAGGUUGGAUGACGGUAUGUUUCGAGGUCUUAAGAUCAGUAAUAUCCAGAUCUCAAACGCGGACCUGGAAUCUAUAUCUCAGAACGCUUUCCGGGGCCUGGAGGAUACUCUCCAGGGUUUGAACCUAGCGGAUAAUGAACUUGACUCCGUCCCUGUGGAAACCCUCCGAACCCUUCGUAUCCUGAGCUCUCUGGAUCUUUCCAACAACAAUAUCAGGUUCCUACCCAGUAAUGCCUUUGUGACCCUCAGAUUAAAAACGUUAAAACUUUCGGACAACAACGUGACCUUGGCCGACGAUUCUCUGGCCGGAUUAGAGCAGUCCUUGAAGAAUCUAAACCUGAAGGGAUGUCAUCUCAAAACCUUUCCUCCAGCGAUCAAGAACCUCGGAGGCCUGGCGUUCCUAGACCUGGCACAGAACCAUAUACAAGAGUUAUCAAGAACCGAUCUGGCAGGAAUGGGUUCCUUGACAGCCCUGAACCUGGAGAGGAACGUAAUCCAGCGCCUGGAUGAGUCAGUGUUCCAGGAGGUGAACAAGAGCCUCAGUUCUCUGAGUUUACUGAACAACCUCCUCACAACCUUCCCAACCACAGCCAUCAACUCACUCCAGGAUCUCAGGGUUUUGGAUCUUGGGUUCAAUCUUCUUCGAUCCAUUCCAAACAAUGCCUUCUCCGACCUCCGAUCCUUAACCCUGCUCGCCCUGGACGGAAACCCCAUGGCCUCUGUCCCGGAGGACGCGUUCCUCCACCUCAACUCCUCACUGAAGGGAUUGAGCCUCGGAGGUCGGUUCCUCACGUGUGACUGCAGGAUGGCCUGGGUUCCCCGUUGGAUUCAGGAAUAUGAUCUCCAAGUGACGUCACGGGAGCGAAAUCCUCAAUUCUGUGGGAAUCCGUCUCAGCUGAGAGAACGGAGUUUUUACCAACUCAACGAGAACGAUUUAACCUGUGCUCCUCCUUCAACAGAAAGAGUGCCUUCCACCACUCCUCUUCCUCCGACCAACCCUCACACCAAUCCUCCGAUCCCCUCCUUUCCCCGAAGAGUUAUGAACUCUAUUCCUCCGAGAGAGCCAAACCCUGCACCCUUUCCAGAAACCGUAGUUCGAUCUUCUCUUGGAGGAGGAGGAGGAGGAGGAGGAGGAGGAGGGUCUGUUGGCCCAACGACAAGGUUUCCUCCUCAAACCUCAUCUGGUCCCAGGAUUAGACAACCCUCUCCCAGACCCGGAGAUGUGAUUACAGAACUCAAGAUGGAGAUCGGAGCAGGAGAACCCGUUUUACCAAGAAGAGAACCCUUCCUAGGACGGGAGACUCAACCUCUGAUAGGACGAGGUUCAUCAACUAUCUCCCGAAGACCGGAAAUAGACAAUAACCCAGUCUCGAACUCAAUCCCCCGAUCCUUGGAUCGAUCUAACAGCGUAUCUGAAUCCAGGCCGAAUGAUUUGAUCCUGAGGCCAGACUCGGAUUUUAUCGCCCAGGAGGCGCUAGUGGAGGACGUGAUAGUGAAGGAGGCCUAUAAAGAGGACAACUCUAUAGUGAUCAAAUGGGACUCGGAGACAACCAAUAUUCUCGGGUUCAGAGUAAUCUAUCGUCUGUUUGGAACCCCGCUCUUUAAACAGGGUCCACCCUUGGCUCCUAGCGAGAGAGAAUUCAAGAUCAAAAAUGUUCCCGACAAUGAAUGUAUUGUUGUGUGCGUGGUAUCCCUGGAGGAGGUGGAGAUCACUCCGGCCAACGUACCCUACCCUCAGUGCAGGGAGAUGAGAACUGAAGGGAUCGGCGGGGCCAAGAAGCUCGACAACAUCAUCAUACCCGCCUCAACCGCCAUUGUUGUCUGUGUGAUCGUGGCGGUUAUUAUCUUUAUCGCCUGUCUAAAGUCUAGUAAUAAGAAAUCUAAGAAGUUGCUGGAAGAUAAACCGAUCCAUACUCUCUCCAUGUCUAUGAACGGACUGAACAUGGCAGGAUUAGGACCUCCAGUAGCUCCCCUGGCUGGACUAGCAAGCCUAGGACUGAGUCCGCAUCAAAAGGACUGGGACCAGUUAUCCAUGUACAGUCAGAAAACAGAUCGAAGUGUGAACAGAGGACGGAUGUAUCACAUGGAUCCUAGACAAGGAACCCUUAACGGAGGCUAUAUACCGGAGGAUGCGAGGUCACAUAUAUCCCAGAUGUCUACAAGGUCAAGGUCAAGGUCAAUGGCCGACGGCCGAUCUGAGCAUGGAUUAUUCGGCCAAGGAGGAUACCAGAACAAAUACCAGAGCAGCAGAAACGAUAUCCGUUCCUCCCGACAAUCUCUAGUUGACGAUGGAAGACGAUCUAGAGCCUCAGCUCUGAACAGGUCCAUGGCUAGGAAAUCCACCAGACAAUCUGCCAGGUCCAGGUCCCGCUCUAGGUCCAGGGACAACCUGACCGCCUACCGGUCCAGCCACGGGGACCGGGGAAGCAGCGGGUAUAGAUCCCGGGGAUCUAGGGACGGGGACAGUUUGCCCGACAGCGAUAACUGGGAUACAACCACAGAUAACAACUGGACAGAUUACGAUCAAGACGUAUAUACAGUCAGGAAUCAUAGCAAGAGCAGAUAUACACGAGACGAUGUAAAUCUAUAAUUAUCAGAAAAUCCGCAAAAAUCAAUAAUUCAUUUCAACUCCAAUCGAACCAUUCUCAAAAUUGGGAGCUUUUUCAAUUCUCACCAAUUUUUAUCUUUUAUUGAUGGACUUGGUGAGAUUACGAAGACGACUGGAACGAUUUAAAAAAUAAUUUAUAUUCAUUUCAUAACCCGCAGUUCUCUGCUCAUUAACAUCAUUUACGGCAAUCAUAUGAUCAUGUUUCAUGUUUGAUGAAUAACCCUGUUCAUUUACUUAUUCAGCAAAUAUCUUUCAUUGACGUAGAUUUUCUUUCUAAUUUAAUCUAAAAAUACAACUGACGUUGGUAAAAGUUUGUCAAGCGUAAAAUAUUAAAAAGAUUGAAUUUCAAAAAAUAAUUUUUAUAUAUUUUCUAAUAAACUAUAUUUGUUUGUU